AUGGGUAUUAAGAUCUCAUCGGAAUCCCAAGAUUUUGAUUCAAAUUUGACAACUCCCCUCAACCCAGCCACAGCCAGAAUGGACCCUUCGCCGCAGUCUGCCACCGCCUCCGGCAGAUCAUACUGGCGGUUCAGCAAACAAGAUUUCUACCCCGAACCUACCUUCCAGAAUUUGUCAACUUACCUUUCAGCUCUAUCCAAAACCCCGUAUCGCCUCAAGGACCGGCUUCUUGGCCGCUCCAGCGAAGCCGGGGAGUUAAUCGAAUGCAAGAAACAAUCUGAAAAUGAAAUGAAGAAAUGUCUCACUUGGUGGGACCUCAUGUGGCUUGGCUUCGGCUCGGUGGUUGGCUCCGGAAUCUUCAGCAUUACCGGCCAGGAAGCGCACAACGAUGCCGGCCCGGCUAUUGUGCUCUCUUACGCGGUCUCAGGUUUGUCGGCUUUGCUAUCGGUUUUCUGUUACACAGAAUUUGCUGUUGAGAUUCCCAUUGCCGGGGGUUCAUUCUCUUUUCUUCGAAUUGAAUUGGGAGAUUUCGUUGCUUUCAUUGCUGCUGGAAAUAUUCUUUUGGAAGGCCUUGUUGGGGCUGCGGGUUUAGGCCGUUCAUGGACAUCAUAUUUUGCCAGUAUUUUCAGUAACAACCCUGAUUUCAUGAGAAUCAGGGUCAACUCCUUUGCAGAAGGGUUCAAUUUGUUGGAUCCUUUAGCUGUGGUUGUUUUAGCAGUUGCUAAUGGUAUUGCCAUGACUGGUACAAAGAGGACCUCAAUUUUAAACUAUGUUAGUUCUAUAUUUAGUGCUAUUGUGAUCGUUUUCGUGAUAGUUGUUGGGUUUGUGCAUGGGAAGACUGAGAAUCUGGGGCCAUUUUUCCCGUUUGGUGCCGAAGGUGUGUUCACAGCUGCGGCAGUAGUGUAUUGGUCUUAUACAGGUUUCGAUAUGGUGGCUAACAUGGCUGAGGAGGUUAAAAACCCUUCGAGGGACAUACCCAUCGGGUUGGUUGGUUCAAUGUCUAUGAUCACUGUGGUGUACUGCUUGAUGUCGUUGGCUUUGGUCAUGAUGGUGAAGUACACUCAGAUAGAUGUCAAUGCAGCCUAUUCAGUUGCCUUUGUGGGGAUUGGGAUGAAAUGGGCUAAGUAUUUGGUUAGCAUUGUUGCACUUAAGGGGAUGACAACAAGUUUGCUUGUUGGUUCUAUGGGACAAGCACGAUACACGACUCAGAUUGCUAGAUCUCAUAUGAUACCUCCUUAUUUUUCUUUGGUUCAUCCAAAGACUGGAACACCGAUAUAUGCUACCCUCUUGGUAACUACCGGUAGUUGCAUUCUUGCUUUCUUCUCGAGUCUGGAUGUUUUGUCGAGUGUGUUAUCAUUUAGUACACUUUUCAUUUUCAUGCUUAUGGCUGUGGCAUUGCUCGUCAGGCGUUACUACGUCAAGGACGUCACUCCGAAGUGUGAUGCUAUCAAAUUUGUCAUCUCGUUGUUUGUAAUAUUUGGUUCAUCACUUGGGAUUACGAUUCUUUGGAGUUCUAAAUAUCGAGGAUGGAUUGGGUAUGUUGUGACAGUAGGCUUAUGGUUUUUGGGUACUUUAGGAAUGGCCUUGACAUCGAAGCAGAGGAUUCCAAAAGUAUGGGGCGUUCCACUUGUUCCAUGGUUGCCGUCACUGUCAAUAGCAAUGAAUCUUUUCCUCAUAGGAUCUCUUGGUAUUGUAGCCAUCUGGCGGUUCAUCAUAUGUAGUGCCGUAAUGCUAGUUUACUAUGUGUUAGCUGGCGUCCAUGCGACUUACGAUAUGGCUCAUAUGGAUGAGCAAGCACUAAUACUUGAACAGGGGAAAGGAGAUUCCAGUGGCGGGACCUUAUAG